CUCUGGACACAAAGCUUGGGGCUCCUGGAAUCAGUCAAAUCUCCCACAGACAAAACCCAGCCAAGGCCAAGACAGAGCAGCCAGGAGCCCGAGGAUUUGUUUGAAAUGUCAUACAUUUAAAAAUGGUGUUUCAACAGCUGAGAGCAUGGGGGAUUCUGGGGCAGUUUACUCUGGACACCCAUUGUGGACUGUGUGGAUGAAAUUGGUCAUCUUGGUCUGAGCUGUAACUAUGGGAACGAGGAUGGAGGUAGCACAGCUUGAGAGCAGGAUGAACACUGAGGACUAUAGAAAGCUACAGGGCCUUUUCCUGGACCCCUCUGGUGCAUCUCGCUCCUUGUCCAGAAGUGAAUUCGUCGAUCUGGCUUGGUCAUCAGUUGGCCGUGGCUCCAAGGAGGAAUAUGGCCUCCUGUUCGACAGUGUAGUUGUCACUCAGGAGCACCGCGGCCUCCUCCUGGACAUUGACGCUGUGAAGGAAGAAGGGCGUGUCGACUGGGGAGGCCUUUGCUCUUUCCUGCUACUGGAGCUCACUGAUAAAUUGAAGAACACCAGAACCAGCAGUGUGCCUUGCUGGAAACCACCACGCACUUUGACCUGUCCGCAUCGAGACCAGGUUCAAAAGGUGUUCUACCUCCAGAGUUCAGGUCAGUAUCUGACUGUGAGCAAAGGUGGAACUGUGGGGCUGCGGGACGGAGAGGACAUGUCCCUCCUGCACACGCAUCGAUUGCAAAACAGCACAGUCACACCAAAGGACCUCUGGGUCACUGACAUGGUGCUGCUACACAAUGUACACAAGAUAGCUGUGUCUUUCACAAGUAAGGAGCUGUAUUUCUAUGACAUACCGUCUAAGCAAGACUUCAACUGCAAGUAUAAACUCCAGGGUUUGAAGUUUACUCCCUGGUGUCUUGACUACUGGGUCGAUCCAUCUCACCCAGAUCAGGCCGUUCUCACCUUAGGAGACAUUGGAGGACAGGUCAGUGCUUUAUAUUUUACAUCAGCUCAUAUCUCUCUGUUUGAGAGACGGAGUAUGAGGAUGGACUCAGAUUCAGCAGAUAUCAUCCUAUGGGACGAGCUGGUCAAAGGAAAGCAUCGCUCCUGUUACACUGUGACACACCAGGCACACGCGCCUGCCUGGGUUAGAAAAGUACAUUACCUGGGCUCACUUGAAGCCUUUGUGUCGUGCAGCACCAGACCGCAGAGCAGCAUGGUGAUCGGCUGGAGGGAAAAGGACAGCAGAAGUCUACGAGUCACUUCUUUCCUUACAAAGAGGGGCGUGUGGGACAUGGACCACCAUCUUGGACUCAAUCUGAUAGCUACAGCAGGUGUGGAUCAUCAGGUCUUGCUGUGGAACCCCUAUGUGAACUCAGGCCCAGUUUGUGUGCUCAGUGGGCACACAGGCCCUGUCACUGCAGUUCGCUUCAUGCAGACCAAGCAACAACUGCUCAGCUACUCUAAAGAUAAGGUCCUGUGUCUAUGGGAUAUAUCUAGUCAGCAGUGUGUUCACCGUCUGGCCGGUGUCUUCCCAAGAACACAGGAGGACACACACACCCUGCUGUUUUUCCAUGAGGAACGUCAACUCCUCCUACUUUCCUUCAACAGCCUGCUUCUCCUGCUGGAGACCAUGAAGGAGGAGAAGAGGACCAGCAGCCACGAGCAUCCUGUUACUUGUGUGCUGUAUAACAGUCUGUUCAGACAGGUUGUCAGCAGUGACUCUGCCUCCUCUGUGAUCUGCUGGCUGGCUGACACGGGCCAAAAGGUCAAGCAGUUUCACCGUUGCCAUGACAAUGCCGAGAUCUCCACUAUGGCCAUGGAUGGCACGCAGACCCGGCUGUUUACUGCAGGCACUGACGGGGAGGUUAAAGUGUGGGACUUCAAUGGCCGCUGCCUUCACAGAAUGAAUGCCGGCCUGGGUCAGGCUGUGGAGAUCUCACAGGUCCUGCUGCUAAAGAGGAGUAUACUGGUGAUGGGUUGGGAAAGGAUGUUAACAGUUUUCCGUCUGCAUUCCUUCUCGCAGUCUUUUGUUGAGCCGUCAGAGUGGAAGGGAGGUGUUCAGCAUCACAGCGAUGUGCUCUGUGCCGCAUUCCAGCCUCCAGAGACUCUGGUCACAGGAAGCUACGACGGAGAGAUUACAGUAUGGAACAACAGCACAGAAAAAGCUUUGAGGAAACUGCGGCCACACACUGAACUCAGAGAAGUGCUCAAUUCGCACAACUCUGAUUUCCCAGGUCAUUUCUCCAAUUCUCAGCUCGGUGUGAAUGGAAAAGAAGACUCUGAUUACUCCAUCGCCAUCACCAGAUUGUUCUUUAUACCAGGACGCACAUCUGCAGCUGCAGCUACAGGUGGUGCAGACUUGGUCUCCUGUGGAGGUUCAGGUGUGGUCAGACUCUGGAACACCGUCCACAGCCGUCUGGUGGGACAGUUCACAGCUCACAACAGAGACCUGGGGUCUAUUGUUAUGACUGUCAGCCCCUGUGGAAGAUAUUUAGUCACAGCUGACAGGGAGGGAACACUCAAGACCUGGGAUAUACAGCAUUUUUGUGUUGAAUCAGAUGAAGAAAUAACCAAAGAACCUCCAAAACUAAUGCGUAGUUUCCGCCCACACCUUGAUUGUGUGACUCACCUGGAGAUGUGUUUCCAUGGCGACGGUCUGCUCCUUCUCUCGGCAUCAUCAGACUGCAGUGUGGCUCUCAGCUACCUGCCCGGAGAUACCGUUGGUCUAUUCGGACAGGAGGAGCAGUGGUCCUUGGAGACGCUCAGACCUCUGCACCCACAGAGGGAACCAGAGCGGGACCAGGAAGACCACGGAGGUCAAGACAAUACUAGACAGGGAGGGAAGAGGUCACCUCUAACUCCCAGUGAGACAUCCUCUGACCCAAGAUCCGACACAUCUGCAGGGGGUGAAGAAGUGGGGAUUAAAGAUGAGGGAGAACCUUUAUCCAGGUGUUGAGUUGAGGCUGUCUAAAGUGCAUUGUGUAUUUGUACACCUUCAAUUUCCCUGCUUUGUUUCACUGUCUUUUAUAGCUAAAAGGAAAGAAAAGUAUUUGGCAAGUUUUUCUUGGUAUUAUAUACUCAAAGUUAUAUAUUUUUAAAAGCUGUCAUAAUAGUAGCACAUAGAGAACUAGGCCAUUGUCUGCCAUGUAGUCAUAAGAACUUGAGUCAGAAAAAGACACUAAAUUGGAGCUUUUUCACAGUUUAUUUCUAUGCCUCAGGACAGCGUGUUGUGUAACAAUGAAUAGAUAUGACUGCCUUUCACAACUGCAAAGAAUGAAAUAGCAUUUGUGAUGCUCCCAGAUUUUUGCUCCGAUGCUCGGAGAACAGAAAGAGACAACAUUCAACAUUAUUUUUAUGGGAAUUGGAUUGUGCCUUAUGGUUUGAAAGUGAUUGGGGUGUCGUAACAUUAAAGUCUGUAAAAGUUGAGUCUUCACUGAACUUCUCAAAGUCAGUCCUUCCAUUCAUUGCCAGUGGAGUAGCUUCAGGCUGGCACAAGGAUUUGACAUUAAAGUUUCUCUGGGUUUUUUUUUUUUAGACUUGUAAGAUAGAUUUUCAUGUCACAAACACUGAUGGCGACAUCCUGGUGUGAAUGCUUUAUUUGAGAACUUUUAGAACUAUUAAACUAAGAGUUAAA